AUGCGACUAAAGCUACUUCUUCUCACGCAACUCAUUGCGACGGCGUUCGGCGCGAGUAAGGUUCCGCCCAGUAUCUGGAACUACACCUACCCAUGGCCAGUGCAGUAUUUUGAGUUCACGUCGCAACGCGCCAACCUCUCAAUGGCUUACAUGGACGUACCUCCUCAUAACACCAGCUAUGCUUCGAACAAGACCAUCACGCUCCUCCAUGGCAAGAACUUCUGCGGCGCGACAUGGGAGGACUCUGCGCGUCGUCUCUCAGCCCAAGGAUACCGCGUCAUCAUCCCGGAUCAGAUUGGCUUCUGCAAGUCGUCCAAACCUCCCGCCUACCAGUUCUCGCUGCAGCAGCUCGCACGAAACACGCAUCUGCUACUGCAAAGCCUGGGCGUGAACUCAACAUACGUACUCGGUCACUCUAUGGGCGGUAUGCUAGCCACGCGCUUCGCCCUGAUGUAUCCAGAACAAACAUCCCAUCUCAUUCUCACAAACCCGAUCGGCCUAGAAGACUGGAAAGCACUCGGAGUACCCUGGCGCAAUCUCGACGCCUUGUACAAAGACGAGCUGGCCACCAACUACACAUCGAUUCGGAAGUACCAACAGGCCACCUACUACGUCAAUACCUGGAAGCCGGAAUACGAUGUCUGGGUUAACAUGCUAGUCUCGCUCUACCAAACGUCACCCGAGAACAUUGACUUUGCGUGGAAUAUGGCACAGACGACGGAUAUGGUCUUGACUCAACCGAUUGCGUAUGAGUUUGAGCUGGUGCAGCCCAAGACCCUCCUCUUGAUUGGGACGAAAGACACGACGGCUAUCGGUAAAGCUUGGAGUCCGCCAGAAGUGCAGGCUAAGAUAGGGAAAUACGAGGUUUUGGGUAAAGAGGCGGCGGCGAGGAUUCCGGAUGCAGAGCUUAUUGAGUUUGAGGACUUAGGCCACAGUCCACAAGUUCAGGACAGUGAGCGAUACCAUAGCGCGCUGCUAGGGUGGCUGGAGGGGUCUGACUAA